UUUCAAAACGUUACAAAAUUAGAAUAUCAAAGAAAAAAAAAGGAAAACAUUGACUUUUGACUGAUACUAAUCCCGCCAAAAUUCAAGCUUUAAACAAAUGUUUUCCACACAACACAAACUGAUAUAAAAGCCCAACUUCGAUUUCAUCGCAGAAAGACACACACCACUUUCUGAGAACCUGAGAGAUCGAGAUCAUGGGGAAUAUCUUCUGCUGCUGUGGUGGAAGAAGGCGGAGGAGCAAUGUUCCUCAGGAGGCGACGGAAACAACUCCUCGUCAACCACAUCCACCCAAGAUUCCAGUUAAUCAAUCUGUAUCCCCCGUCGCGACGUCGUAUUCUCCGCCGGGAACUAUGUGGGGGGCGUACAAUCACCCGAUGCCGCCGCCUCGUGAUGUCGUGGACGAGAAACCCGUCACGAUUCGCAACGACACUAAUCUGAAGAAGGAGACUCUGACCCUCGAACAGGACCCGGUUAACCCGGGUCAUCUUCUCGUCGCAUUCACGUUUGAUGCACUCGUCUCCGGAAGGAUCACAGUCGUUUUCUUUGCGAAAGAAAGCGAAGAGUUCCAGCUCACAGCAACAAAGGAAGAUACGUUGCAGCCAAUCACAUUUGGUUUUGAGAAAGGAAUUGGUCAGAAGUUCAUACAACCAUCUGGAACUGGUGUAGACUUAUCUGUCUUUGAAGAUUCAGAGCUAUUCAAGGAGGCAGAAACAGAUAUUUUCCCGCUGGCAAUUAAGCUGGAGGCAGCUCCAGAAGGAGGAAAGUCAUCUAGAUGCAUGCAGAUUACCCAAGUGACUUAUGUGAAGGAGGAAGGUGAGAUUAAGCCAAGUGUGAUCAAGCAGUUCAUAUCGGUGAAUGGGACCAGGUAUGAGUUGCAGGAUAUUUAUGGGAUUGGGGACGCUGUUGAUGAGAAUGCAAGAAAGGAAUGCGUUAUCUGCUUGUCAGAACCACGCGAUGUGACGGUUCUUCCUUGCAGACACGUAUGUAUGUGUGUCGGAUGCGCUAAGGAGCUAAGGUUUCAGACAAAUUUGUGUCCGGUUUGCAGACAACAUGUAGAGAGGCUUUUGAAGAUUCCCCCGCUAAUAGAUUAAAAGCAGUGGAAGAAAUGGAGAUGGAGAUGAACAAAAUUAUUUAAGCAAUCAACUUGUGUUUUGUAAUAAUUAUGCAACAUUAUGAUCAUAUAUCUAUAUAUUCAUCAGAUCCUUUAAUAUUUUUGGUACUAUGCUCAUAAAUCCCAUUUGUGUUUUAGUAAUUUUUAGGUCUAGUCGAUUCGGUUUCUUUCAAAUUUGGUUAGAAUUGAACUAUAACUAAUGUCUGGAAAUCGCUCCAAAAUACUUUUAAGAAACUUUUAAAAUUAACAAAAAAACUCAAAUAUAUAAAUUAUUCAAAAAUUUAAUUAAAGCUAGUUAAAACUAUCUAAACUAACUAAAAAGUAUUCAAAAUACCGAACAUGAAAAUACCAAGCUCUUAAAUCCCAUUUAAA